AUGCGGCCCCCGCUGAGGAGGCGGACUCUGGGGUAUCCCCUGGCUGAAGGAGGCUGGCAGGACUGGGCAAGAGAGCCCCCUGCCCGGUCCAAGAAGGGAGCCAACCUGACCGGGCACGAGGAGAAGGUGAGCGUGGAGAACUUCGAGCUGCUCAAGGUGCUGGGCACGGGAGCCUACGGGAAGGUGUUCCUGGUGCGGAAGGCGGGUGGGCACGAUGCAGGGAAACUGUAUGCCAUGAAGGUGCUGCGCAAGGCGGCACUGAUACAGCGCACCAAGACGCAGGAGCACACGCGCACCGAGCGCUCGGUGCUGGAGCUGGUGCGCCAGGCGCCAUUCCUGGUCACGCUGCACUACGCCUUCCAGACCGAUGCCAAGCUGCACCUCAUCCUGGACUACGUGAAUGGCGGGGAGAUGUUCACCCACCUCUACCAGCGCCAGCACUUCAAGGAGGCUGAGGUGCGCGUGUAUGGGGGUGAGAUCGUGCUGGCCCUGGAACACCUGCACAAGCUGGGCAUCAUCUACCGAGACCUGAAGCUGGAGAACGUGCUGCUUGACUCGGAGGGCCACAUCGUGCUCACAGACUUUGGACUGAGCAAGGAAUUCCUGACGGAGGAGAAAGAGCGGACCUACUCCUUCUGCGGCACCAUUGAGUACAUGGCCCCUGAAAUCAUCCGCAGCAAGGCGGGGCAUGGCAAGGCUGUGGACUGGUGGAGCCUUGGCAUCCUGCUCUUCGAGCUGCUCACGGGGGCCUCGCCCUUCACACUGGAGGGCGAGAGGAACACACAUGCUGAAGUGUCCCGACGGAUCCUGAAGUGCUCCCCUCCCUUCCCCCCCCGGAUCGGGCCUGUGGCACAGGACCUGCUGCAGCGGCUGCUUUGCAAGGAUCCCAAGAAGCGACUGGGCGCGGGGCCCCAGGGGGCACAAGAAGUCAAGAACCACCCCUUCUUCCAGGGUCUGGAUUGGUCUGCUCUGGCUGCCAGGAAGAUUCCAGCCCCAUUCCGGCCCCAGAUCCGCUCAGAGCUGGAUGUGGGCAACUUUGCAGAGGAAUUUACUCGGCUGGAGCCUGUCUACUCACCCUCUGGCAGCCCCCCGCCUGGGGACCCUCGAAUCUUUCAGGGAUAUUCCUUCGUGGCGCCGUCCAUCCUGUUCGACCACAACAACGCUGUGAUGACCGAUGUGCUGGAAGCACCUGGUGCUGGAGACCGGCCAGGCCGGGCAGCGGUAGCCAGGAGCGCCAUGAUGCAGCAGUAUGAGCUGGACCUGCGGGAGCCCGCGCUAGGCCAGGGCAGCUUCUCCGUGUGUCGCCGCUGCCGCCAGCGCCAGAGCGGCCAGGAGUUCGCGGUCAAGAUCCUCAGUCGCAGGCUGGAGGCGAACACGCAGCGCGAAGUGGCCGCCCUGAAGCUGUGCCAGUCGCACCCCAACGUGGUGAAUCUGCACGAGGUGCAUCAGGACCAGAACAUCCUGUACGCCGAAGACACGCCCGGGGCCCCGGUGAAGAUCAUUGAUUUCGGGUUCGCGCGGCUGCGGCCGCAGCGCCCCGCGGGGCCCAUGCAGACGCCCUGCUUCACGCUGCAGUACGCGGCCCCCGAGCUGCUGGCGCAGCAGGGCUACGACGAGUCCUGCGACCUCUGGAGCCUGGGCGUCAUCCUGUACAUGAUGCUGUCGGGGCAGGUCCCUUUCCAGGGAGCCUCAGGCCAGGCCGGGCAAAGCCAGGCGGCCGAGAUCAUGUGCAAGAUCCGUGAGGGGCGCUUCUCCCUAGACGGGGAGGCCUGGCAGGGCGUGUCUGAGGAAGCCAAGGAGCUGGUCCGAGGGCUCCUGACUGUGGACCCCGCCAAGCGGCUGAAGCUCGAGGGGCUGCGGGGCAGCUCGUGGCUGCAGGACGGCAGCGCGCGCUCGUCGCCCCCGCUCCGGACACCCGACGUGCUGGAGUCCUCGGGUCCAGCCGUGCGCUCUGGACUCAAUGCCACCUUCAUGGCGUUCAACCGGGGCAAGCGUGAGGGCUUCUUCCUGAAGAGCGUGGAGAACGCGCCUCUGGCCAAGCGGCGGAAGCAGAAGCUGCGGAGCGCGGCUGCCUCCC